GCCAGGACCCACUGAAAUGACUUCAGAAAUUUAGUCCAAUUCGCGCCUGGUUCAAUGCUGGGACUUUUCUAAUUUUGGACGAACAAUUAUCACAUCCCAACGCGCACGACCGCGGGAGCAGCACGAGCCGUCUAUCGCGACUUAACACAUUCGGCAUCCUCCAUUCUAUCAACUAUCAUUUAUUGGAACUAGUUAAUGCAGGUGAUAUGUUAUAAAAAAACUAUUAUCCGAGUCGCAAGAUCAAUUAUAGGCUCGGCGAUAAGUUUCAACGACCAUCUCCGAUCUUUGCCCCAGCCGUAUUUCAACACUCUCUAAUCCCAGAUAUGAGCGACCUUGAUAAGGCGAUUGCUCAGCUUCGAGCAUGUCGUCCGAUACCCGAGCCUCAAGUCAGGGAGCUUUGUCACAAAGCGAGGGAGUUGUUAAUCGAAGAGGGCAAUGUUGUCACAGUUACGGCUCCAGUAACAAUAUGUGGCGAUAUCCACGGUCAAUUCCACGACUUGAUGGAACUCUUUCGGGUUGGCGGUGAUCCGCCGGACACCAACUAUCUUUUUAUGGGCGACUUCGUCGACCGUGGAUUCUACUCAUUGGAGUCUUUUCUCUUACUUUUGUGCCUAAAAGUCCGGUACCCCGAUCGCAUGACCCUUAUCAGGGGCAAUCAUGAAUCACGUCAAAUAACGACUGUAUAUGGUUUCUACGACGAAUGUCUACGGAAGUAUGGUAGUGCAAAUGUUUGGAGGUAUUGUUGUGACGUUUUUGAUUACCUAGCCCUCGGAGCCAUAGUCCUCAACGCAUCGAACACCUUGUCGCCUCCCAACGAGAUGACGCCAAUUAUAGAGUACACCGAGCAGGAUAUCGAGAUCGAAGUCUGUAAUGCGGAUGGGGACAUCAUGAGUCGAUUUAUGAGACGGAACCGUGAGCGAAAGAGCCCCAAUGGAGCUCAACCGAAGACAGGUCCACCUGGGUCGGGAGCUUCGGGCUCCAGUGGAGGCACCAUCGGAAAUCCGACGGGGGCAGUAUUGUGCGUACAUGGUGGCCUAUCGCCGCUUAUUGAUACGGUGGAUAAAAUUCGCCUAUUGGACCGCAAACAAGAAGUCCCCCACGAAGGCGCCAUGUGCGACCUACUAUGGUCGGAUCCGGACGAGAUCGACGGGUGGGGUCUAUCACCGCGUGGUGCAGGCUUUCUCUUCGGGGCAGAUAUUGUCAAGGUCUUCAAUCACAAGAACGACCUCUCACUCAUUGCACGAGCACACCAGCUUGUAAUGGAAGGUUUUAAAGAAAUGUUUGACGCAAGUAUUGUUACCGUCUGGUCCGCGCCCAACUACUGUUAUCGUUGCGGUAACGUGGCCGCCGUUCUAGAGCUGUCUGAAGAUCCCACAGGAGAGAGCUUCUUCGCGCGCAGCAACGGCGAUGUAGGCAGGAGCGAUGGCGGUGGAGUUGAGGGAGUUAUGAUGGAGAGUGAGAAGAGACUUAAGAGCGGUCCAUCCAGAAGAUACCGCGUUUUCCAGGCGGCGCCGCAGGACUCACGGGGUAUGCCUGCUAAGAAGCCUGUAGCAGAUUACUUCCUAUGAGUAGGGAGAAUUCACAGGCAUGAGAGGGGCGUUGUAUAAAAAAUGAGCAAACUUAGGUGGUCGUCAACAGUGUUUUUGCUGUCUUCUGUGGUAAUGAUACCUGAUGGAGUUCCGGGAAUACGGGAAAGAGAAAUGGAAUUUUGUUUACGUUGUAUUCUGAACUACAUGCACGAUUACCUGGUAGUCAAGUUUGCUUCGAGAUGGGUUAGUUACGAAGACAAACAGUCAUAGUCAAAUGAGGAUAUUGUUCCCCUAC